AUGUACCUGUACAACGACGGUCAGAAGAUCGACCUGAUCUCAUACAGUGAUCUUGUAAGGCUGAAUGCUCAAAUCGUGACCAAUCUUGAGAAUAAGGUUAAAGAAAAGAAGGACAACAAUAGAUCAUUCAAGGAGUCUGUGAACCGUCUAAGGAACGAAAUUAUGAAUAACCCAUCACCAGAUGUGAUGAGGGAAAAAAUGAUUUCGUUGGAAACUUUGAUCGAGAAACACAGAAAAGAGAUAACAAGUUCUCUAACAAACUUGGUAGUUAACAAUUCAGGUUACGCCCCCACUACUACACCCCGUGAAGGAUAUACAGAUUAUGGACCUCUAAUGACGGUAAAUCCGGGAAAACCGUCAAUCAUUAGUACGAUGCAAACAAGUGGACCAAGUAUAUACUACGGCAAGGUCCACAAGGAAACGAAUCUCGAUGAUUUACUCAUCGCACUGACCAAAAGCGACGUAAACCUCGCCAUCACGUUGAAGAACAUCGAAAAGACGAUCGAAAGGAUCAAAGCACUGAGGGCUGGCGGCGAUGGUGCUCAGGCAGCUGGAAACGAGAGUGACAUACCAAUGGCAACACACGGCGAUUCCAUGUUUGAUGCGACAUGCAUCGGCACCCAGAUGUAUUUUGGUAUGAAGAUAACCUCUAUGCCGGCUGAGAAGCUCGAUACAACCGAAACUGCCUUGAAGAAGACGGCUGAGAUCAUCAAAAUUAACGAAAAAGUCAUCAAAAACCGCAUCAGAACUCUGAAAUCGACCAUUCAAAAUCAAAAUGUGAAUCUCGAGGAAACCGUUUACCAAAAAAAUGAAAGAGAAAAGAGGGAGAAAAAAAGGGAUGAUAUCAUCAAGCAGAUCAAGGCUCUCGAGCUCUUUGAAAGCCCCAUCUCAAGGAAGCUACCCCCAGAGCUAGCUAUUGCACGUACCAUGGCUAUGAACGCCAAGAGAACACAGAAUGCUCAUAAGAAGAAAAACAAGGGCCAGAAGACACCCGGUGUGGGUGUCACAGUCGGUGAGACAGAAUUACAACAAAUGGCCAAAGCUAGGAACGUCAUCCUGCCAAGCACAAAGCAACAGGGCAAGAAGAAACCGGGCCAGAACAAGAAGGGCAAUAACCAACCUGCCCAGAACAAUAAUGGCAACAAAAAGAAAGGCAGGAAGACACGCCGAAAUCGCAAGUAG